GAGAUAAGAAGUGGAGGUAUAUAAAUGUAUAUAUAUAUAUAUAUAAAGGUGAGGUGAGUAAAGAGGAAAGAGGAAUGGACAGUUGAGAAGUGUGUAUUAACAUCGAUAAGAGUGGGGAUUAAACGUGAAUGGAGUUAAAUUUUCAUGAAUGAAGCCGUGGUUUUUAAUGGCGUUGAGUUAAGGCAUUACUUUAUUUUAAAUUAAUUUGUAAGCAUAAAUAAUGAAUUUAUUUAUUUAUGUAGUGUAAUAAAAUGAAUUUAAUUGGAGUAAAUGUAUGGAUAUGUAAGUAGGUUGUGGAACUGAAGAUGUUUAUUGAAAUGAAGCAGCUGUGAAGCGCGAGAUAAAAAUAUUGGCGGGUGUUGAAGAUGACGGCUAAUGGGCCAUCUUUCUCACUCGGUGCACCUGGAGUUAUUGAAGCAGUAGGAGAUAUUUUAGUGGUACAAAGUAAGAAGAUAUGCCUGGAUGCUGCAUCGAGUCACUCGAGAUGGUACCGGGGAGCGCACCAGCAUCCUUAAUGCUGGGAGGAGUAAACUGAGCACUUGUAUUCCAUUUGGUUCUUCUGGUUGUUGGUCUUGGUCUCGGUUAAGGAUAAAAAUAAUAAAAUAAGUAAAAUGUUAUGGGAUAGAGGAGAAGGGCAGAUACGAGAUCGAGAGCAAGAGCAAGAGCUCGCCCGGGGCGAGGGGAUCGAGAUACGGCUACAGAGCAAAGACGAGGAUGCAGGAGGAUGAGGUGGAGGUGCAGGAGGUAAAGGUGGUAAAGGAGGAGAGCAAGGUAGUGGCAGCAGGCGGCGAUGAUGAUGCUGGUGGUGGUGGUAGGUCUCAAGUUUUAGUUUGAGGGACAUAGUCUCGCUGAGAGAAAUAUAAAACUAAGUGGGGGCACCCAUUCAUGCUUUGCCUCUAGUCUACGACUCCAGUUCACCGCAGCAUACCUUAGGUAUCCCGUGGGCGCCAUUCUACGCCCGGCACUCCACUCUGUACUGUUCACCUACUACACGACCUGUACAAUUUUACUCUCAAGUCCGAAGGUACUCCAAGUAAAUACAGACAACUAUCAUUCAAUAAACAUUUGCAGUCACUAAUUAUUUAGUCAUCGUAACAACAACAACAACAACAAUCAUAAUAUAGUGUGUGAUAUAUCUAAUAAUAUUGACAGUAUCACAUGCAAUUGUCUAUUGAGCAAGUGUCAAUCUUUCGUACAUUCUCUCAGCAUAAUUACACAGUUAUCUCACUCACUCGCUUACUCAAGCGGUUUCUUUAAAUCAGUGCUUGUUAUCAAACCGUAAACACACGUUCUAUUCGUCAUUCGAUAUCUUGUUUAUUAAAACUCGAUACUGAGCUAAAUAUUUAUAUUUAUUUAUUACGUGUUUACUAAUAUGAACACCUUUGACAUUAAAGUGAUGUGAUUCAUUUUUAUUUUUUAAAUAUUGUGAUGUGGACAUUUUGCUGACUAUCAAAGACUUGAUGAUUCAUUUAUUGAUAACAAUUUUUUUUAUUGAUUGCUGAUUAAAUUUUGCAGUACGCAUUUAAUAAUUUAAGGGAUUAAAUAUUUUUUUUUAUUGAUUAAAUAAAAGUAAAAAAUGAAAAUGAAGAUUGAAUUUUUUUUUGCGUUCAUAUAUUUUGAAUUGUUGACAACAAGUAGUGGUAGCAUGCUAAAAUUUGGUGAAGAGAGCGAGGAAUAUUUGGGAGAAUAUUUGUCGAUAGAUGACAUCAGAUUUCUGAUGGAACUCAAAGAGUUUCGAGAUGCUGCGAUCGAAAUCGACUUAGUUGAUAUUAAAAACAAGAAACAUCGUCACGCGCAUCAUUCACAUCAGAAGCCGCGAGUGCUUUAUCAGAUUGGGAGUAGCGAGAAGGAGCUACCAGAAUGUACGAAGAAUGAGGUCUGCAGCAAAGUUGACCUCUACGGUACUCCCUGGGUCGAGAGACAAUGUAGAUGCCCGGAAGGACAUAUUUGUCCGAAAAGUCUCCAUGCUGCUGACGGACAUACGAUAGUGGAUAAAACCAGACAGUACAAGCUCUGCGAACCCGUCAGGAGAUUGCCCAUUUGUCGGUACUUCAAAGAUGUAACGUGGACAUUGGCACCAGGUAGUGGUCCCAGAAACACAACGAUACAAAAAAUAAACUGCCGUUGUCGACCUGGCAGUGUUCCAUAUCUUGUUAAAAGACAGCCACAUAGAACUUCGGACGGAAGUCCUAAUUUUAUAUAUUCAUUUGCAUGUUCACCGCAAAGUAGAAUACGUUGUCAGGCAAAAGAACCGUGUCGUUUAUUUACAGUACGUAAAAGACACAGUCCACAAUUAGAAGAAGUUGUAGCGUCUCCACUGUGUCAGUGUUCGAUGGGCAGCAAAUGUCCGAAAAAACACACCGAUCCAGGAUCAAUACCGGCGAGAUCUUACUCAGGAUUUGAACUUAAAAUUUAUAGCGGUUUCUGCAUACCGACGCAUGAGAACGAGCCAAUCUAUGUAGUGUGAAACUAUUAUUGCAAUAUAAUAUUUUUUUUUAAAUUCAGGUAUAAAUUAAAUAAUAAUUUAAGUUAUUAAUUAAUAAAUCUAUUUGUAUAGUUUAAAAGUUAUUAAAUUUAUCAAGAUAAAUUUUAUUAAUUUAUCCGAGACAUAAAGACGUUGUUAUUUGAAUUUCGUCGGUCUCACACUUGUUGUAUACACUCUAUACUUAUUUUGAUAAAUUUAUAUUAUAAUUAUUAUAAAUAUUAAUAUUAAAGUUUAAUGAUUGUGUUCUGGUGUAUAUUUUACAAGUGAUGAGAGUUACCAUUGAUUGAAACAUCGAGUAAAUCUUGCGAUCUAUUUCACCGACAGUAGGAGAAUUACUUCAGUCAGUAAAGAAAAAUAUUUUAAAGAUAAAAUUAAA